UCUUUUCGUGUGCUCAUGAUGUAACCUGUCAUAAAGAAUAUACGUAUACAACUUCAACUACUACAUUUUUAUUCUUUUACUUAUUCAUCUCUCUAUCUUACUUUUUUCCUUAUAUGGUUUCACUUUGGAAUUGGAAUCUGAAUCAGAGAGUAUAUUCACGUUCAUUUUUGUAUAUUCCUUAAUCUGAUUCUCUUUCUUGAUAAUGGAAGAUGCUGUAAGUUUCAGUAGUAGAGGAUUGUCGGAGUCUCCACAGAGUCGUAUUACUCGAAAGAGAAGAGAAAAAGUUGAAGUAUUUCAAGAGGUGCUUCGUAGAUUAAGGGAGUCGAAUGAUGAAGACACGAAUCAGCCUGAUUUUGAGGACGAGUUGUGGGCUCAUUUUACUAAGCUUCCACUUCGGUAUGCCUUGUUUGUGAAUAUUGAGAGAGCACAAGAUGUAGUGAUGCACAAAAAAUUGUUGCAAAUGGCGCAUUAUCAGAGCACCAGGCCAGCAGUUGAAGUCCGCCUAGUGCAGAUUCAUCGAAUAUCCGAUGGAAAUCCAGGGGAUUCAGUUCAUUCCACUUUCUCAAAAAGGGGAGGUGCACAAGGUACUGAUCACAAUGGCAGCAUGCAUCCUCCACCUGCCUUUGGUUUGUCACCAAGUACAGAGCUUGCAUUAGAAGCUAAUAAGUUACAUGUUCAAGAUGGAAAUAGUGCUGUCAGUGGAAAUUCACUGUUAUUUCGGUCUUCGUAUGAAAUAACAAUUUCAACACUUGACAAGCCCAAGCUCCUCACUCAGUUGACUUCCUUAUUUUCGGAGAUUGGGCUGAACAUUCAAGAAGCUCAUGCUUUCUCCACAAAAGAUGGUUACUCCUUGGAUGUCUUUGUGGUUGAUGGUUGGGGAAAUGAGGAAACCGACCAACUAAGAAGUACCCUGUUGAAGGAAAUUUCAAAUAUGGAGAAACAGUCUGCGUUAAAUCAGCACCUUCUGCAGUCUGCGCUAAAUCAAGUCCUUUUAUCCCCUAAAAAGGAUUUGGUAAAAGCUGGUAUCAACUUCACCGCGAACCAUGUGGAUAUACCAAGCAAUGGGAGUGAAGCCUGGGAAAUUGACGCUGCAUUGCUGAAAUAUGAAUAUAAAAUUGCAACUGGCUCAACUGGUGAUUUGUAUAAGGGUUCAUUCCAAAGUCAGGAAGUGGCUAUUAAGGUUCUCAAGGCUGAGUGCCUAAAUGAAGUAGUGCAAAAAGAUUUUGCCCAAGAAGUUUAUAUAUUAAGGAAAGUCCGCCAUAAGAAUGUCGUGCAAUUUAUUGGUGCAUGUAUAAAACCUCCACUCCUAUGUAUCAUCACAGAAUUCAUGUCAGGUGGAAGUCUGUACGAUUUCCUGCAUAAAACGAAAGGUCUUUUCAAUCUUCCAUCGGUACUCAAGGUUGCAAUUGAUGUUUCAAAGGGGAUGAUCUACCUGCACCAAAACAACAUAAUCCACAGAGACCUGAAGACUGCCAAUCUCUUGAUGGAUGAAAAUCAACUCGUGAAGGUUGCUGAUUUUGGUGUUGCUCGAGUGCAAGUUCAGUCUGGUGUCAUGACUGCAGAAACAGGAACAUAUCGCUGGAUGGCUCCAGAGGUUAUUGGACAUAGACCAUAUGAUCGAAAAGCUGAUGUUUUCAGCUUUGGGAUUGUUCUUUGGGAACUGCUAACAGGAAAGCUUCCUUACGAGUACUUGACCCCAUUACAAGCUGCAGUGGCUGUGGUCCAGAAGGGUUUAAGACCGACAAUUCCCACGCACACUCAUCCGAUGUUUGUGGAAUUACUUGAGAGAUGCUGGCAGCAAGAUCCGUGCUUAAGACCUGAAUUUUCUGAGAUUCUUGAAAUCUUGCAAUACAUGACCAAAAAGGUAUUAAGAUUAAUGUCAUUUCUGGAUUUGCUUUAUGUUUCUAAGAACGUGAACUAGCGUUUGUGCUGCUCGUAAACAGAUAGUCGAAGAAGAGAAGAGUAGCAAAAGAAGAAGCCUCUGAUAACCAUAUCAGCUCAUGUAUGCAGAGCAGCAUGUCGCAUGACACACAUUUUGCUUAGAAUUUUAAGUUUAUAUACACUGGUAAUGCAAAGAAUUUUUUUAGUUUAACCUGUGAAGCCGUGAUAAUUGCUAGUUUACCAGUUUUAUCAGGUUUUUUACACUGGCAGUACAUAAACCUUCUAACUUAUCAUAAUUAUUAUGUUUCCUAUUCAAGUGUUCA